AAUACAGUGUUGGCUAACAUCCAAAGUGGCAUAUGAUGCCGCUUGAUAGACAGCAGAAAAAUUGCUUUGCGUUAUUUGAUGUCAAUUGAAAGUGCUUAAAACUCAUUUACAUAUAAAUAAUCCAAAAGAAUAAUAUGAACAAAUAGUAAGGUAAAGUGUGUUACGGCAAGUAAUCAAAGUAAAAACAUUCAUCAUGCAGUCGUAGCGUUGCAAGUACGCCCAUAAUAACGCUGAGACUAAAGCAAAAGAUUUCGCGCCGAAAAGGAGAACGGCAAAAACACGCAUAGAUCUGCAAAAAACUGACGUAAACCGUUUCUAAAUGGACUCUGUUGCUGGGAAAAUGUGUUGAAACUGAAAGCUAGUGCGUGCGGUUGUAAUUGUGAUCCGUGGAAUCCGUACCGACCCAAUACCAUAACCACCCCUCAUCACCCCGGCCCCUUGCCAACACACAAACACAAUGGCCCCAACGAAAAAACGCGAAAAAGACAAUAAUGUUGAUGGGGCUAUGGCAAAUGGCCUAAAUGGCAUGUCCCAUGGAUCACAUGAUCAGGAUACAGGAAAUGCUAGCUCUACUGUACCGCCCACUGCCGAGAGUCAGGUCAAACUCAAUGGACACCAGCAGGAGCAGGAACUCUUUUUGCAGGCCUUUGAGAAACCCACGCAAAUCUAUCGCUACCUGCGCAACCGACACGAGACAAAUCCCAUUUUCCUGAACCGAACGCUCAGCUAUAUGAAAGAACGUAUGUCGCGGAACAACAAAAAGCGGGCCAGCUUUCAGGUGAACUCAAUGCUCGAUAGCAUUACUCAAAAAUCGGAGGCGGUGAGCCAAAACUACCUGCACGUCAUCUAUGAUUCACUUAAUGAGAAACACCAGACGACGACUACCAACGAUUCUGGGGAAGAUUUGCUUCAGGAACAGCUGCUGUGCGACGCAGGGGAAUCUGUAAGUGUGGAGACAACACUCUACAAGAUCACACGCAGCAAGCGAAAGGAUAGUACACUGGACUUCCAGGAGCUCCUCAGCAAAAACUCAAAGAUUGUAUACAACCCAAAGGAUCGCGUUGUUGAGCAUGCCACAAUCAGCAUUCCCCUGCAGACGAUGCGACCCAUGGGUGAUCAGCACACACUGUACAAACUACUGUUUCGCAUCAAAGUGCUGGCACCUAGUACUUGCAACGAUGAAAACGCAGAAACACCCCCGAAUAAGCGGUCACGUCGAAAUGAAAAGAUUUUCGGCUCGGAGUUGAUAUUGUAUGAGAAGUCCAGCGGCUUUAUUACCGAAGGAGAGUAUGAGGCCAUGCUGCAGCCUCUAAAUUCAACCAGUAUCAAAUCCUUCUCACCAAAGAAAUGCACCUGGGAAACGAUGCCCGAUAGCUACAUUCCACUCUCGCUGACUUAUGAUGUUUACCAGCAGAGUCCCAUGCUUAAGUUCCAUCUUACGCUCUCCAAUGAGCAGUUGCCCGAUGUUAUUUCUGCCCCGGAGCUACAGCGAUAUGUCCAUUUGGAUGCGGUUUCCGAAAUGAAUCACAAUAACAAUAACUACAGCAACAACAACAAUUGCAGUGGAUUAAAGAGUGGUGGCGGAGGAAGCAGCACCUUAUGCAAAUCCACGCCAGAGCACAUUCAAAUCGUGUACAAUUUCAUGUACAGCAAUAAUACACGUCAACAGACCGAGUACACUCAGGAGUUAAACUGCCCGUGGUGCGGAUUGGACUGCCUGCGUCUUUAUGCUUUGCUGAAGCAUCUGAAGCUUUGCCACGCCCGCUUUAAUUUCACCUAUCAACCGGCUGGAAGUGGCGCACGCAUCGAUGUCACAAUUAAUGAUGCCUACGAUGGAUCGUAUGCUGGAUCACCUUACGACCUGGCCGGUCCAUCUGGUUCCUCCUUCGCCCGCACCUGUGGCCCCGUGCGUCGCACUUCGGUCACAAGCCUAAUGGUGUGCCGGCCAAGGCGACAAAAGACCUGCCUGGACGAGUUUUUAGAACUGGACGAGGAUGAGAUAAGCAACCAGCGUUCGUACAUUACGGGUCAUAACAGACUCUACCAUCAUACUGAAACUUGCCUGCCAGUACAUCCCAAAGAGCUGGAUAUCGACUCCGAAGGUGAGAGCGAUCCACUUUGGCUGCGCCAGAAGACAAUCCAGAUGAUCGACGAGUUCUCCGACGUGAACGAGGGCGAGAAGGAGCUGAUGAAGCUGUGGAACCUGCACGUGAUGCGUCACGGAUUUGUAGGCGACUGCCAGCUCCCAAUUGCCUGCGAGAUGUUUUUGGACGCCAAAGGCAACGAGAUUGUAAAGAAGAAUCUCUAUCGUAACUUUAUCCUGCACAUGUGUUCACUUUUCGACUACGGCCUUAUAGCAGCCGAAACUGUCUACAAGACGGUCCAGAAGCUCCAAGGUAUGUUAAGCAAGUUCACCGCAGGGCAGGAGCUGAUGCAGCGCCAACGCGAGGAACAGCUAAAAUUCUGGUUGGACGUUGGCAUGCAUAAGAAGCAGGAGGAUCCCAAGACGCUCAAGUCGCCGCAAAAACCAAUAGCUCCCGCUGACCAAGCUUCAACCUCCUCAGCAUCGAGCUCUGGAAGUGGAGCGGUGACUAGCUCGAUGCAGCCACCCAAACGAAUGCCGGCUCAUUUGAAACGAGCCAGCGGAGGCACUGCCAAUGGAAAUCAGGGAAAGACAACGGAAAAUGGUAGCAAUGGCAGCACCAACAACAGUAAAAACGUGGCCAAGAAAAGCGCCGACCAGCCCCUAAGCACACUGGCCAACACAAGAGAGCGGCGCUCCGAUCCUGGCCAGAAACGCAAUGUCAGUGGAACGCGACUGGCGGCAACACCUGCCUCAAAACGUAAACUGAGCGCCAAAGAUAACACAGUGCUAACCAAGCGGCAGCGCUACAGCGACGGAAGUGCCGGGACAGGGGCCGGAAAUGGACAUGGACACGGAAAUGGAAAUGGCGUCGGCCGCAACAAAAGCAAUAACUAUUCACUGCCAGUAAACAAUAAUAACACCAGUAGCAGCAAGCGUCCAAUUGCCCGACGUCGAUCUACAUCAGAGAGAACAAAGGCGACAGGAUCGACGGGAGGAGCCGGUGGUGUCCGCACCAGGCUAUCGGUGCCUACUAAAUUCGAGAGGCGCUGACGCAUGCGUCGUCGCCGCUGCUGCUGCUGCUGCCCCAUUUCCUCCUCAACAAUCGCCUCUCGUUGACCAUAUAGAUCGCAGGGCUUUAAUUUGUAAUCGGCAAUUUUUACAAAAUAUCUUUAUUUCUAUUUUCUAUUAUGUUGUGUUAUAACUUAAUCGAUUUAUGAUGUUGGAAAUAUGUAAAAAACGUGUGUAAAAUUUCGAAUUGACUUCAAAAUCGUUCACUUGGUUCGUUGCUUUUAUAUUAAUACCGACUCUCUAAACCUCUUUAGUUCGACACCAAAAUCGUAAACCCAAAAUCAAAUAUACAUAUUUAACUUUUAUUUGCCAGUUACUUAAUAAUACAGAAUAUACAGGGCUUACGAAAAAUAUGUUUACUUCAAAAAUUUAUUAAUAUCAUCUGGCUUCAUGUAAAUUCACUUUUUGUGGAGAAAACAAAGAGACAAAUUGAUUCUAAUUAAUAAGCAGAUUUGUAUACAAAUAUAUAUUUACAGAAAUAAGCAAAUCUAUUUUUAAAGUGAAGUUCGUACAAGCAAAACAUACUUGUAAUAAUUGUAAUUCCAAAAAAAAAAAACACAAAAAACAAUUUCACUACAGCCUACACCUACAUUUAAACAUGCGGGCGUAAAUAAAAAUUCACUUCAAACACACGAAAAUAACAUUGCUAAAAGCCACUGAAUAAAGUAUGCAUAUAUAUUUUUACAAUGCA